UGAAAGUGGAAUUCGUUGAGCUGGCACCUUGCAUGUAUGCAUCCUACUACUCACUCUGCGCCUCGGAGAGGAAUUCCCUCUCUUGGAGGACUUUGAAAGGCACGAAACCUUUCCUGUGCAGGAAUGUUGAGGCUCAGAAAACAGUGAAAUCUUUAGUGCUUGAAAUAUUAAAAAAAAGGCUGCACAGAAGUCGGUCAGAGAAAUGUUUCCCCCUUUUGACUUACGUGGUGUGUAAGUGGAAGGCACUCCCCAGCCACAGAUGUCUUUAGUACAGCAGCCGGGAAAAGGUGCACCUUGUUUUAGAUGUCGAGAUAUCUGCCCUGGCUUUGAGCCACAUUCUUGGAGAAAGGUUUGCAUGUCAUGCCGCUGUAACCAUGAGGAUCACAUCUCAGGUUCUGAUGCAGAAGAUGAUCGGAAGAUUGGUCGUUUAUUGGGAGAUUCAGCAUAUUCUAACCUUACAGCCAGGGUGAAGGGCGGAAAUGGAGCUCGAAUUUACAAAAGAAAUCGGAUGAUUAUUACCAAUCCAAUUGUUUCUCGGAAGGAUCCAACUUUUGACACAGUAACAUAUGAGUGGGCACCACCUGGACUAACUCAGAAAUUGGCAAUACGCUACAUGGAAUUUGUUCGAAAAGAAAUGCAGCCCAUAGCUGGAACUGAGGGGGCAUAUUAUAGGCGUAGGCAAUUAAUGAGACAGCUGCCAGUCUAUGAUCACGACCCCAUGCAAUGCCAUGAUCUUUCUGAUGCAGAGCUCAAAAUUAUGGAAGAAUUUGUGAAAAAAUAUAAAAAUGAUGUCCUUGGAGUUGGAGAAGUUGCUUUGCCUGGUGAACCCAGCACUGCAAAAGAAAAAGAAGAAAAAAAUCAGAAGCAUACAGUUGAAACUGAAAAAGAGAGGACACAAGAAAUAAACCCUGCAGCAAAUGGUACUCUGGGGGACCCUCAGAAGCCAACAGAAUAUGUUUGUCAGCAUUGUAAGCAAAUUGUCCCCCCUGACUGUCCAGUUGUUUAUGCAGCAAGAGCAGGCUAUGAGAGGCUAUGGCAUCCAGCAUGCUUUGUUUGUGCAGCUUGCAAUGAACCGCUUGUUGACCUCAUUUACUUCUGGAAAAACAAUAAUCUUCUGUGUGGACGUCACUACUGUGACAGUGAAAGGCCCCGCUGCACAGGGUGUGAUGAGGUCAUUUUCUCUGAAGACUAUCAGCAAAGUGAUGGACUGAGUUGGCACAAGAACCAUUUCUGCUGUAUAAAGUGUGAACAGUCAGUCAAGAGCAAACCUUAUAUCCUGGACCAGGCCAAGCUAUUCUGCACAGCCUGCAUUAAAAACAACAAGCACAUGUGAAGGCUGACAUCAAAGGAACUGGAGAACUGCUUACAGAAAUACGAAAUGAAGCAACGUGUACAUGCAACUAACAAAUAUGAGUUUGGAGUUAGACAUUCAAAUUAACUUACUUACUUCAAAGCCUGGCUGUCUCUCUGUGGUUAGGUUAAAUAAAGUACAGAAGGAUAAGAUACAACAAACGAAUGGAUGUUUAGAAAAAGACAAUUUAAAAACAAUUAUUCAUAGACUGACUACCAUAGCAGUAUAUUUUCAGCAGAAGUACUCUACAAUGUUGGGUAUUCAAUCAGCUUAUUUCUAAAAAUGCAGAUUUUUUAUAAUGCUUAGCUGUAUCGGAUCAUAGGUAAGUUAUCUGACAUGCAGUCAAGAAGACCAUUGAGAAGCCUGGCUUUCUUUUCUAGUUUCCCAAGAGCACUGUCCGAUGAAGUGACUUGCUCAUAGAAUCACACAGUAGGCAGAUAGAGGCUGCAGAGAAGCAAACCCUAGACUGUAGCAUGAUGUUUAUUACAAAGCUAAUAGUAUCAUUUACAUGCACCAAAUAACAGACUCACUGUAAACAUAUAUGAAUUAUAAAUAGUGAGGCAAAUCAAACAAAGAAGGGGGCUAAUCUGAAAGGUCAGACAAGAUCCCACAGUGCAAAAUUUUUAUAUGAUCCUCAUUGUCAUAGAUUUCCAGUUCAACCAUUGCAUUCUCAGUCUGCCUGUGUAAGUACCUCCAAUCUGACAGUGAUAUUUAAACAGAGGUGUAGAUUGAGGGUUGAUGCUUAUUGGAAUUGCUUAGAAUGUUGCAGUUUCAUUAUUCUUAGGUAUGCAAAAUAUUACUGUAAUUAAGGAAACAGCUUUGGUGGGGAGUAAGUACAGACAGUAAUAAACUGAAUUUACCUGUU